AAAAUAAACUGUUAAGACUUCAUACCAAAGAAAUGAAGCAAGUCAAAGGAAUGGUUGUCUUUAUUUUUUUAAUUUCUGUUACAUGUGGAAGUUUUGAUAUAAAACGCGAAGUAGCACGACAGUUCAAACACGAAGAUGUGCACAAUUUGACCCUUAAUAACAUUCCAUCGUACCUUUCCUUUCUGUAUACAAGAACAAUACGUAAUAGUGACGUAAUAAAAGAUCUGGAAAGAAAUCUGACGGGCAUAAUUAAUCACAGGAUGAACUUGGAUAGAAAUAUUUCUCAUAUAAUGAAGGAAAAGAAACUAAGAAAGGGAAAAAUAAGAGGCAUGAUCAGGAAGGAAAUUCGGAAAUUUAACAAUAAGCGCACUCGUAAGAAGGGACGAAGAAAGUUAAAGAAUAAAUCAUUAAACGCAUAAUUUUACAUCAACU